GUCAUAGAACAUGUGAGUGGGUGGUGGAGAGAAUAAUAAUAAUGGGACGCAGAGCAAGCUCUCUGGUGCAAGUUCCCUUGUGCAUGUCUACAUCUCACACGUCAGACUCUAGCGGACAGCAUGUCAACGGAUGCAAGCUCGGCAUCGAACACGCUGGCACCUGGACCAUCUUCACCAUCCCUCUUCCCACACCCAGAUCCAGAGAUCCAACCUCUAUCUGACGAUGAGAUCAGAGCUUUUGUCGAUGAAUUGGACACGAACCAUGACGGGUCGAUCUCUUACGAUGAGCUGGAGCAUCGUUUGGAUCUAGUCCAUGAAGAGAUUGCACCUGAUCCAGCACCUCAUAUGCUGCAUCAUAAAUCCAAUAGCGAAAAGAACGCCCGACAUGCUUUUCUCAGAUCCAUCCUCGGGACGUCUGCGGACCGGAUUCCAAGAGACGAGUUUGCAGCUCGAGUCAAAGAAUGGAAUAUUCCAUCAAUGAAGCAGGACGAUGACGAGGAAGAACAUGAACGAGAUUAUAUCCGACAUCUCAGUCGAUGGAGGAGAAUCAGGAGUUGGUGGAGUGUUCACGGACCCGAAGCCAUGUUUAUCCUUCUCGUUGUCGCUAUGCACCUCGCUUUCGGACUAUGGCAAAUGAUCAAGUAUAUCACCAUCCCGGGAUAUAGGGCAGCUUUCGGAUGGGGAGUGGUCAUGGCAAAGACUUGUGCUGGAUUCCUCUAUUCAACCUUCUUCUUCCUGCUUCUCAGCAUGUGUCGUUAUCUAUCGACGUUUCUACGACGAUCUUACUACAUGUCUAGAUUCAUCAAUUGGUAUCUAUCGCAAAAAUUCCACAUCUACAUGUCUAUCCUGGCUCUAUGUCUCGCCACACUUCAUGCCAUCGGCCAUUUGUCCGGCUCAUUCGUCUUUGGAUCCAUGCCCAGUCGAGCGCCCGCGGUCGAAGCUCUGGGUAUACCGACACCUAGACCAUACAUUGUCUACGUCAGGUCUGUUCCUGGCUUCACAGGUCUCACCGCUCUGGGCCUGUUCUACCUUCUCGCCAUACUCAGCAUACCAAAAGUCAGACGAUGGAAUUACGAGCUAUUCCAAUUAGGUCACUUGCUCAUGUUCCCUAUCAUCGGUCUACUCAUGGCUCAUGGUUCCGCGGCACUGCUUCAAUGGCCAAUGCUGGGGUACUUUCUGGCCUUCCCAACCCUGCUCAUCCUCAUCGAGCGGAUCACUCGUAUCUUUGUUGGCUUUCGAGGUAUUCCUGCAACUAUCCGAGUCCUGGACUCACAGACUGUCGAAAUACGAGCGACAAUCCCAAAAAUCUACAUUUGGUCCUAUCGACCUGGUCAAUAUGUCUUCCUCCAAGUUCCCAGAAUCAGUCGCUGGCAAUGGCAUCCUUUCACCGUCUCAGUGUGCACCGGUAGACACAUGCGCUUGCAUAUCAAGACGGACGGAAAUUGGACUGGGCAACUGAGAGAUUUGGCUACAGGCGAAAAGUCGACAGAUAUCAAGAUUGGAAUCCAUGGACCGUUUGGAGCUCCCGCACAGCGCUUCUAUGACUUUACCCAUACUGUUCUUGUAGGAGCUGGAAUCGGCGUCACUCCAUUCUCUGGGAUCCUCGCGGAUCUACAAGCUCGUGAUGAUGCAGAACAUGGCGGACCCGAAGGACGAUCAGAGGGUAUAGACGAAGAUGAGCAAGAUCUUCGACUGAGUCGCAGAUCGUCUCGGAUUUCCCGCGUGGCUUCUCGAUCUCUCUCUCGAGUUCGUUCAUUGACUCAACGCGAAUACGCUCCGAAUUACCGUCGAGUCGAUUUCCACUGGAUGGUCCGUGAUAGGAAUCACUUAUCUUGGUUCUCUGACCUCUUGAAUCGAGUAUCAACAUCUCAACAAUAUCAUCGCCAACAAGUGACACCCGCUGCUCCGCACCCACACCUCGACAUCAGACUCUUCACUCACGUCACACAGAAGCGGAAGAACAUUUCAACGCACGUCUACCGUUGGCUGCUCGAGUCCCAUCGGACGGAAUCACACCCCGAGAGUCCGUUGACAGGCCUGCUCAACUCGACUCACUUCGGUCGACCGGAUUUCGUCAACAUUCUCGAUGCGCAUUACGAAGACAUGGCGAAAUUCGCAGCUGAUCAGCGAUUGGAGAGACUCAAAGUCGGCGUCUUCUUCUGUGGCGCACCGAUCAUUGGGGAGAUCUUGGCCGAUCGGUGCGAACAGCUGACUGCCAGGGGUCGACAUGAGGGAACAGGGAUAGAGUAUCACUUUAUGAUCGAAGUGUUUGGGUAGAUCGUUGUAAUGAAUAGGUUGCAUGUCAUGUU